GGCCAAUUAGAGCCACCAAUCAGCGUGCGCAGCAAGUCAACGCAGCACUCGGCAACGUCUCCGCCGGUAGAGCAUCCGCUCGUGCACCUCUGGCGACACCAGGCAUCUAACGCCCGCGCGGCCGCUGGACCUCUUUCCUCGACACAAGUGGAAUCUCUUGACGCCGAGAAGUGUGCCAAACAGGAUCGCUGGUUAAUUGCCGCCUACAGGGUUAACAAAGCACAGCCACUCGAUUGAGCAGCUAAGAUGGUGUGCAGCAUCGAGGAUUCCCCUUCGCGCGAGCGCGUGCACUAUGCUGAGGUGGUGCUGGACGAUAAAGCCGUUGCAUCGUCCUUGCAAGAGCCCAAGCGGCUUCCCAGCGAAGUGACGGUGGUGGACAUGCGCAACAGUGGAUUGGCCGAGGUGAACCAGGUUUCGGAGCAACAAGCCAGCAAGAAGAGCGUGUGGCUGCUGGCCUAUUGCUGCAUCGGCAUUAUGGUGUCUUUCACGCUCAAUGGUGUGGUGCUGGAGAAGAUUACGACGCACCGAGUGCUGGGCGAGCUGUCCAUGACCUUCGUCUUCUGUGUGUUUAACUCAGUGGUCGCCAUUGGAUUGAGUCGCGCUCGUAAGGAGAAGCCUUCGACCAUGCCUCAGAGCUUCUUGGUGAUUGUCGGUGCGCUAGCUUUCGGUUCAACCAUCGCGUCUAUGGUGGCUCUGCGGUAUGUGACGUACAUCACGCGUAUCCUGGGCAAGUCGUGCAAAUCCAUUCCAGUUAUGAUCAUGGGCGUACUGCUCGGCAAGAAAUACGCCCUCAAGAAGUACGUGUCGGUUAUUGUGCUGUGCAUCGGUGUGGCGAUUUUCCUGCUGGGUACAGCCCAUGAGAAACAGCACCACUCUGUGCAACACAAUGAGAGCCACAACAGUCUACCGGAGCAGGAACGCACACCCAACAUGGUGCUGGGCUUCUCGCUUCUGAUUGUAUCCCUCUUGUUCGACGGAGCUACCGGUGCGCUCGAGGAUAAAUUUAUGGAGGCUUACCAUAUUGGUGCCUUCGAUCUCAUGUAUUACGUCAACAUUUACAAGGCUCUGUUCUCCGCUGUUGGUAUGGUAGUGAACGGUGAAAUACCGGUGUUCCUUCAGUACGUGGUGCCGUCGCUGCCGAACCUCCUGAUGCUGAGCUUGACCGGAGCCUUCGGCCAGGCCUUCAUCUUCUUCACCAUCAGCAAGUUCGGUGCUCUGACCACGGCUAUCAUCGGAACAUGCCGCAAGGUGCUGAGUAUCGUGCUCUCGGUGUUUCUGUUUGGCCACGUGCUGUCCGUGGAGCAGACUGUGGGUCUGGGUUUAUCUUUCGCUGGUAUCGGGCUCAACUGGGUGAAAAUGAGGAACUGCUUUGUCAAGUCUUCGCCAACACCGACCGCGGCGGCUGAGCCGAUUGAGCUGGACGAGUUGGCUAAGGAAGGCCUCCUUGAGAGCAGCAGUGACGACACCGCCGACUCCGAGUCGGACGAGCAGGAUGUGACGGUUUCGGCUCACGAUGACGAAGAGGAGGCCAUGGACGCGGAAACUGCACGCAAGCUAGAACUGGUCAACGCCUGGCACCGACAGACUACUCGUGAAGCUGAGGCAUCGUCGAGUGACGAAGACGCACAUGAUGCCAACGAUGUGGCCGCACAGGCUGUGUAGAUCGGAGCUGAAAUGCCUGACUUCGUGAAAAUAAUAUAACCCUUACCUUAUUUACAAAGUCGAA